AAUUUGGUUCUCGUUCUGUCGUUCUCGUCUUACUUUACUUUCGGCGCUGGUAAUCUUUUAUUUUCAAACACUGUUGCUACUUCGAUCAUUGAAAUAGCUUAAUAAAAAAGCUAGCAUACUUACCAAUUUCAAUGGAUAAUACGCCAGGGUAUUCUUCUGAAUCAUUUCUUCCUUUCUCUCAAAAGCUGAAAGAUCAAACUCCUAUCAUACAGCCAGGGAAAGAAAAGCGGCGGCAUGUUAAUACGCCGUUUUACAUUCCAUGGAAAAAAAAAGAUGAUUACUCUUAUGGAAUCAUUGGUCUUCAUGAAGAAAUUGAAGAUUUUUAUGAAGUUAUGCGUCCAACUGAAUUUGAAGUUGAAGUGCGAUUACGAGUUAUUGAACAUAUUUCAAGCAUUGUUCAUGCUCUUUGGCCUUAUGCUAUUGUAGAAGUUUUUGGUAGUUUUCGAACUGGUUUAUAUUUGCCAUCAAGUGACAUUGAUAUGGUAAUUAUCGGAGAAUGGAAAGGAUUACCUCUUAGUACAUUAAGUGAAGAAUUGACCAAAAACGGCAUUCUUAGCAGUGAUAUUACUAUUAUAGCAAAUGCUACUGUUCCUAUUGUACGAUUGCUACAUUCUCCUUCCAGAAUAAGAGUGGAUAUUAGUUUCAAUGUCACAAAUGGAGUUAAAGCUGCCCAUCUAAUAAAGAGCUUAAUGAAAAAGUAUCCAGCUUUACCUAAAUUAAUCCUGGUAUUGAAACAGUUUUUGAUUCAAAGAGGCUUAAAUGAAGUUUACAACGGUGGCAUGAGCUCUUACUGUCUAACCUUACUGAUAGUGAGUCAGCUACAGGGCUAUCACAAACCUAAGUCCUUGGAAUCUGUGAAUUUAGGUACACUGUUAAUAGAAUUUUUUGAACAUUAUGGCAUUAAUUUCAACUACGAGAAAGUUUCAAUACACUUUGCGAAUGAUCAAGGAAAUUAUCAAUCAAAGCCAAGAGCCACGGGUGCUUGCCUGUUAAGUGUGGAAGACCCACUUUUGAAAGGUAAUGAUGUUGCAAGAGGUACAUUUUUAAUACAUCAACUGAAACGAGCAUUCCAAAAUGCCUUUCAUACAUUGCAUCAGUUAGUCACCAGCAGUAUGCUACGAGAAAAAGCUAUGGAUAGUUUUCUAUCAUCUAUAAUUACGAUUGAUCCAGAAGAACUACAACAAAGAGAAUGGUUAACUACAAAUUAUUCCAAAAUUUUGAAAUCAUUGUCCCCUGUCAAAGUUACCAAGGAUAGUCAAGCUCCUGACGCUUCAAUAUCAAAGAAUUUUAAAAAGAAAAAAAGGUAACUAAGAAGACUAUAAUCAAGAUGUUUUUUUUUUCUUUCUUUCUCUUUGCUGUUGAAUUUGUUGAUGAAAAUUUUGUAUAUAAGAACAAUUAAAUUAAUAUUUUCUUACAAUAAAA